AUUUUUAUCCGGUUCGAGCUAUAUAUAUAAAGGCAAAGCUGGUUCGUUUAGCAACUAGACGAUUACGAACAAGUUCAAGAUCAGAAAUCAAACAAAGACGAUAAAUUUGUCAAAACCAGACUUAAUCAAACUCACCAUUUAAAUAAAUGUGUGGAUCACAUGGCAAAAGAUUUCUGUUCAAGAAAGAAAAAUCGCUAAUAGAAUAUGGUGUAUCACCGUGUUGUCCUAGUUCUUGUCUUGACGGAAGCGUUGAUGGAAAAGCAGAGUUCGUAAAUGAUGUACAAUAUGAUGAAAAAAAAGUUGAUGAAAAUUUUGAAGUUGUUGGAAAAGAUGUAAAAUAUCAAAACCAAGAAGUUCUUGGAAAUGUUGAACUUGUUGAACAAGAUGUCAACGACCAAGGCAAAGAAGUUGAUGAAAAUAACGAACUUUAUGAAAAAUAUGUAAAAUAUCAUGAUACAGAUGGCGAUGAAAAUACUGAACUUUAUGAAAAAGGAGUAAAAUAUCCUAAUUAUAUUGAUCUCAACUAUUAUCUUAGAUUUGUUAGAUAUAAUGAUAGCCGCGAGGAAGAUUUUAAUUAUCGCUCCGACAACGGAACUCUUGCAAAAAUUAAAACAGAUAAAUGCGAUUCCGACAACAAAGAUGAAAAUGUUGAAUGUGUUGGAAAGGACUUUAAAAGUUUAGUUAAACGUAUUCGAGGAGCGUAUAAAAGGCAAAAAUGUACCAAGUUUACAAUGGUGACAAUAGAACAAAAGGAAGCCACAUUAAACCAUACGAAAUUGGGACAUAAAAUCCACUACAAACAUCAAGGUGACAGUUCUAAAGACAAUAUAAAAUGUGGGAUAAAAGAUACAACAUGCUUAACAAAUUUCCGCCCAAAGCCACACUAUUAUGAAAUAUAUUUUGUACCAAAUGCUUCCCAACCACAUCCCUCAGAGUUGGAAGGAAUGCCUUGGUCAUGGUUUCAUGAUGAAAGAUUUCGAAUAGCUACGUUUGUAAGUUACCCAAGAACCUGCGUCAAAUCUCCUCUGUUGCUAGCUGCCAAUGGGUUUGUUUAUAUUGGGAUGGGGAGCGAAGAUAUAGUCAUGUGUUACUUUUGUUGUGGAGUGAAAAACAACUGGGGAGAGCUAGACAACAUCUUGGAGGUCCACAGAGUGAUGUCUCCUGAAUGUCCAAUCGUAACUGGCAAUAGCUGUGACAAUGUGCCUUUAAACUCUCUUUCAUUCCCAACAAGUUUCGGUGAUAUGUUGAGAAACUGUUUCACGGAAAUUGAUUCAGCUCCAACCCCAGGUCAAGCUUCAAGUCAGGUGGUGGCUGAAUUUCCCCAACAAUCACAGAACAGAGCUCUUAUGUGUGGUAGUGGUAACAGAUCAUUUAAUUUAGAAGAAAGUGGGCUUCAUUUAGCAGGUACUUCUGCACCAACAAAUAUUGUAUCAAAUGAUCCACAAACUGUCAGAACCAAUCAGACAAUUAACACAGAAAACGGUGGCUUGGAUACAACAUCUCUUGUGCUUCCAUCGGGUUCCUAUGUACAUAAUCCAUCUCAAUCAACAGCAACGAAUACGUACUCAUCUAAUACUCAACUUGUGCCAGCCGUCUCUCAGCCCUCCACCACUUCCCCUGCUCAUCCAACCUUAGCUCAUAUUAGCACCACAGCCACUGGGUCCCUCAACACAACAUUACCUAUACAGACUCACUCUACUGCACCUACGGUCAGCCACACAAGUGUUAGCUCAACUCCAGCUGAGCUGAGACGCUCCAUUCCAUCAUCUACACACAAUCAACAAACGGGCAGAGACAGACCAACAAACACACCAACAUCUACAAAUGGACAACAUGCAAGCAGAGACAGACCAACAAACACACCAACAUCUACAAAUGGACAACAUGCAAGUAGAGACAGACCAACGCCCACUUAUAGUGAACUUGGGAUACUAACGGAGAGGCCCAAACGUGCUGAUUAUGCCCUGAAAGUUAAACGACAGGAAAGUUUUGCUGGAUGGCCAAGGGGACAUCACCUAAGUGUGGAGAGUCUUGUUGACGCUGGCUUUUAUUAUGGAGGUUAUGGUGACUGUGCCAGGUGUUUCUACUGUGGUGGUGGACUCAGGAACUGGGAAGAUGAAGAUGACGUGUUGGUGGAACAUGCCAGAUGGUUCCCUAAGUGUGGCUAUCUCCGCCAGACUUUGGGUCAGGCGUUCAUAGAUACAGUACAGAAUCUUAACACAGACAGAGACCAGAUCUCACUAAAACUAGUAGCAGACACUAUGGGAGUUGCUGAGUCAGAUCUUUGUGUUAUGUCCAAAGAAAAUCUGACAAGAGAUGCAGCAGUCAGAGCUGUUGUAGAUCUGGGCUAUCUGUUUGCUGAUGUACUACAGGCUGCUGAACUAGUUAAACAAGAAGCCAACAUUUUGUCUGCUGAUAACAUCAUAGAAAAACUUGACCUGCUAGGAAAGAGGUUAAACAUCAGAAGAAACAGUGAACCUGCAGUGGAUCCAUCCAAAAUCUUAGAAAAUAUCAGAGCCAUGAAAGAAGAAAACAACCAACUCCGUCUGCAAACAAUUUGUAAAAUCUGCAUGGACAAAGAAGUUUCUGUUGUGUUUCUGCCCUGUGGUCAUCUUGUGUCCUGUGGAGAAUGUGCUGUAGCUAUGAGGGAUUGUCCAGUUUGUCGAGUUAAUGUUAAGGGAAUUGUAAAGGCAUCAAUGGGUUAAAGUGCAAUAUCACAUAAAAGGUUAAAUUUAAAUUAUAUACACAAUAACAUAUACAUAUGCAUACAUAAACACAUACAUACAUACACAUGCACAUAACCCACAGGCGACUAAAUAAAAUGAAUAGCACUGGUUGUAUAAUUACUAUUAAAGCUUAAUUUAAAAUAAGCAGCUUUUAACUAACUUAACUUGGCUUUUAAGUACUAUAGCCCAUUUGUAAAGGCCAUUCUGUUAUGUUACUAACAAUAUUUUAUCCCAGAGUCUUGUCAUUAUUCAAAGUUAUUUAAAUCUAUUUAAAAUGCUCAAUGUUAAUUGUACUUGUUACAGCAUUUGAUAUUACAAGAUUUUAAAUAUUUGCUCUUUCAUGUUAAAUAAUAGCAAUAUUUAUAUGUAUUGUACCUACAUGCAUUAUUGAAAAAGUUAUUUAAAUCUAUUUAAAAUGCUCAAUGUUAAUUGUACUUAUUACAGCAUUUGAUAUUACAAGAUUUUAAAUAUUUGCUCUUUCAUGUUAAAUAAUAGCAAUAUUUAUAUGUAUUGUACCUACAUGCAUUAUUGAAAAAUGUUAAGCAAUAACUGUAUGGUAUUAAUAUGAAUAUCCUCCUUUACAUUCAAGUGAGAUCACUUUAACGAUUUACCAAAUUUAUACUCUUUUUUUAAAAUUAAAAUAAAACAAUGAAUUAGAAAAACUCAUUUGCUAAAAAUCUGUAAAAAAAUAAAUAAAUAGGCCAUAUGAAUUAUAUAACUUCAAUUUCCUAUCACUGUGAUAAAAUAAUGGUUGUAACUCUUAAAAAUAUUGAGGCUACAUUUAGGCACACAUUUACCUUUCUUCAAAUUUUUAUAGCAUAUGUGAUGUUAAUGAUGUUUUUAUUUUUAAAAUUGUGUUCUAAU